UGUUGUGUUUAAAAAAAUGUGUGUGGAUAUGUUGUUGCUAUGGUGAAAAAUAUUCUGGUUAUAAUCCGAGGGACUACUGUAAGAAAAUGUGGAUUUUUAAAAAAAAAAAAAUUAUUGGGUCUUCGUUUUUGGUUGGUCUGCUGACUUCGAGUGCCAGUUGCCGUGUGUAGACUUUAUUGCUUUUUCUCUUUUUCGUUCAGUCUUCGUCCUUUGGGGCAAAUUUAUUGAACGGCCACCUCUCAAAUUCCUUAAAAUUAGAAUCUUUUGCUGAGCUUUCAAGCCAAAUUUCUGAAUACCCAACUUGCGAAGAUUUGAGGUGAGUUUACCAGCUUAGCUAUAAUUGAUUGCUUUGUCUGAAGCCCUUUUCGAUUAUUUAUUUUUCUUUAGUUUAAUAUGGCUUAAUUUACAAUCAUCUGGAUGAAGAUUUCUGCAAGAUGCAAGUAUGGUAUUAAUUUUUGUACUUGGGUUGAAUCUUCUUAUCGAUUAUUGUUGCGCAAAAUCUGUAUUUGUGAAUUGGGUUUUACGAGAAGUAGAAUUCUGGAAAGAACAAAAUCGACGAGAUUAAUCUUUUGGCGGGCUUAUUCGCUAAAGCUUUGUGGCAUUUAUUUAUAGGUCCCAGUCGCUGUUCUGAUUAAUUUAGAACUAGGAAAUGUUAAUUAUUACCAAAUUAUUUAUCAGCUAAUUUGGCGAAUGUGACGAAGGAGAAAUUUGAGCAUUUCUAUUUAAAAGUUUUGUGUUUGACCGUGCUGAUUGAGAAUCUUUAAUUAUUUUUUGAUAUCAUAAAAUCCUCCUUACGUAUAGAAGAGCUGAAAUUCUUGGGUUCUCUCAGUUGUCAGCUUGCCAAUAUCUAUUGCUUUUCUUCUAAAACUAUGAUUCUUCCCAGUAUAAAUACUCCUCAUCUGGGUUGUUUGUUAUGACAUUCCAUGGACUUUCUCCUAUAUGGAUGUUUAAUAUUAUUUCCAUGGUUGAAUAUUUGGAUGCUGUGUCUUUCUCCUUUGUUGUAUUAGUCUUCCUUCUUGUUUGCAUCUGAAUCUGCAGCUGAGAAUUAGUGAGAGUUAAUUUGUCGCGGGCUAUGAAGUGUUUCCGUUUCUCCAUUGGAGACAAGAAAGAUGAACCAAAGACCCCAAAGAACCAGCACAGAGUCAAUGGAGCGGAAUUCAUUCCCUAAUAUGUCCCAAAGAACUAGUAAUCUCCGAGUGUUUACUGUUUCAGAGCUCAAGUCAGCCACCAAGAAUUUUAGCCGCUCUGUGAUGCUUGGAGAAGGCGGGUUUGGGUGUGUCUUUAGGGGGUCUAUUAAGAGUUUAGAAGAUCCAUCUCAAAAAAUUGAAGUUGCCGUGAAACAACUUGGGAAAAGAGGGUUGCAGGGUCACAAAGAAUGGGUGACAGAAGUAGAUGUUCUUGGGGUGGUUGAACAUCCAAACCUUGUUAAACUAGUGGGUUACUGUGCUGAGGAUGAUGAAAGAGGAAUGCAAAGACUUCUUGUAUAUGAAUAUAUGCCUAACAGAAGCGUGGAGGACCAUUUAUCCCCUCGUUCAGAGACAACUCUUCCAUGGGCUAUGAGAUUGAGAAUAGCCCAAGAUGCAGCUAGGGGAUUAGCAUACUUGCAUGAAGAAAUGGAUUUUCAGAUAAUUUUCAGAGAUUUCAAAUCAUCGAAUAUUCUUCUUGAUGAGGAAUGGAAUGCAAAGCUAUCAGAUUUUGGAUUGGCUAGAUUGGGCCCUCAAGAAGGGUCAACUCAUGUCUCAACAGCGGUUGUUGGAACCUUGGGAUAUGCAGCUCCUGAAUAUGUUCAGACUGGUCGUCUGACAUCCAAGACCGAUGUAUGGAGCUACGGUGUCUUCCUUUAUGAACUUAUCACUGGGAGGCGCCCUCUAGAUCGAAAUCGUCCUAAGAGUGAGCAGCAACUCUUAGAUUGGGUAAAGCCAUAUCUAUCUGAUGUGAAGAGAUUUCGACUAAUCUUGGAUCCAAAGCUUGAAGGAAGAUACCCUCUGAAGUCAGCCCAAAAGCUUGCAACCGUAGCCAACAGAUGCUUAGUCAGAAAUCCCAAGUCACGCCCAAAGAUGAGCGAGGUGUUGGAAAUGGUGGCUCGAAUUGUUGAGGCAUCAAAAGGAGUAGGUCCUCAACUUCCGGUGAGGAAUGUGCCAUCGAGGGAAGCUGCUGAGGACACCGAAACUAAAAACAAGAGAAGGAAUUUAGACGACAGAAGUGGGGAAAGUGGUUGGCUUGCAAAAAUGUGGAGAUCAAAGCUUGUAAGGACAUGUUGAUUUGAACUUCACAACGAAAUAUCACUAGAAUGAGCGGAAACUGCAGGAACUUCUUGUAUGAUACAGUAUACAAACUGAGAUUAACCAUGUCUUCCUAGUAGUUGAUAUGAAAGCCUUCAUUGUGAAUUUGCUGUACAAAGCCUUAAACUAGGUUAAAAGAUAGAAACUAGACCCGGUUCGCAUUGGGAUCGAGAGAUGUCUAUUUUUCUUUUUGGUUGGAUCAAAGAGAAGGAUAUAUAAGACCUGAGAGUUUUGUUGUCGAGUCAGUAAACUGUGCCCUUUGACAAUCAUUAUUACUAAAUCAUGUUUUGUAUUAAGGGAUUUUCUUCCCUAAUUUUACAUUUAGUUGAAACGCCUCUGUAAACUUCUAAACUGAAGUAAUUGAAUUUUGAUUGCUGAA